ACCAUGUUAUUAGCCCAGAUAAAUCGAGACUCUCAGGGAAUGACUGAGUUUUCUGGAGGAGGGAUGGAGGCUCAGCAUGUAACUCUCUGUUUGACAGAAGCAGUAGCUGUGCAAGAUGGUGACAAUUUAGAAAACAUGGAAGGUGUAAGUUUGCAGGCAGUUACGCUUGCUGAUGGCUCCACUGCUUACAUACAGCACAAUUCUAAAGAUGGUAAAUUAAUGGAUGGCCAGGUGAUUCAACUAGAAGAUGGCUCUGCUGCCUAUGUUCAACAUGUAUCCAUGCCAAAAAGUAGGGACAGUCUGCGCCUGGAAGAUGGACAGGCAGUUCAGCUGGAAGAUGGAACUACUGCAUUUAUUCAUCAUGCUUCAAAAGACAGUUAUGACCAGAGUGCAUUACAGGCAGUCCAGCUGGAAGAUGGAACCACUGCUUACAUUCACCAUACAGUUCAAAUGCCACAGUCCGAUACCAUCUUAGCUAUUCAAGCUGAUGGCACAGUAGCAGGCCUUCAUACAGGAGAUGCUACAAUUGAUCCAGAUACCAUCAGUGCUUUGGAGCAGUAUGCAGCCAAGGUGUCUAUUGAUGGAAAUGAAAGUGUUAGUAGCUCAGGAAUGAUAGGUGAAAAUGAACAAGAGAAAAAAAUGCAGAUUGUCUUGCAAGGACAUGGAACAAGAGUGACAGCUAAAUCUCAGCCAAGUGGAGAGAAGGCUUUUCGCUGUGAAUAUGAUGGCUGUGGAAAAUUGUACACAACAGCUCACCAUCUUAAGGUGCAUGAAAGGUCACACACAGGAGAUCGACCAUAUCAGUGUGAACAUCCUGGUUGUGGCAAAGCAUUUGCAACAGGUUAUGGAUUAAAAAGCCACGUCCGAACCCAUACUGGAGAGAAGCCCUAUCGGUGUACGGAGGAGAACUGCACCAAGUCAUUCAAGACUUCUGGGGACCUGCAGAAACAUAUCAGAACCCACACAGGUGAAAGACCAUUCAAAUGUCCCUUUGAAGGCUGUGGAAGGUCGUUCACAACAUCCAAUAUUAGAAAAGUUCACAUCAGGACGCAUACUGGUGAAAGACCCUAUUACUGUACAGAACCAGGAUGUGGGAGAGCAUUUGCCAGUGCAACCAAUUACAAGAACCAUGUGAGAAUACAUACAGGCGAGAAGCCCUAUGUCUGCACGGUUCCUGGCUGUGACAAACGUUUCACAGAAUAUUCCAGUUUAUACAAACACCAUGUUGUACAUACUCAUUCCAAACCAUACAACUGCAAUCACUGUGGGAAAACAUACAAGCAGAUUUCCACACUUGCUAUGCACAAGCGGACAGCGCACAACGACACAGAGCCAAUUGAAGAAGAGCAGGAAGCUUUCUUUGAGCCGCCUCCAGGUCAAGGUGAAGAUGUUCUAAAAGGCUCCCAGAUAACCUAUGUCACAGGUGUAGAUGGAGAGGAUGUCGUUUCCGCACAAGUUGCUACAGUUACUCAGUCAGGGCUUGGUCAACAAGUUGCAUUAAUUUCCCAGGAUGGGACCCAGCAUGUCAACAUAUCUCAGGCUGACAUGCAGGCCAUUGGAAAUACUAUUACUAUGGUAACACAAGAUGGCACCACCAUCACAGUCCCUGCGCAUGAUGCAGUCAUUUCUUCUGCAGGAACACAUUCUGUUGCAAUGGUAACUGCAGAGGGCACUGAAGGACAGCAGGUUGCUAUAGUGGCUCAAGACUUAGCAUUCCAUAGUGCCUCAUCAGAAAUGGGACAUCAGCAACAUGGGCAUCAUUUAGUGACUACAGAAACCAGGCCUGUUACAUUGUUGGCUACAUCUAAUGGAACGCAAAUUGCAGUGCAGCUUGGAGAGCAGCAGUCUUUGGAAGAAGCCAUCAGAAUAGCCUCCAGAAUACAACAGGGUGAAACACCAGGGAUUGAUGAUUAACUUCUAAUACUGCUACAAGAACAAUAGAGCAAAUGAUAUUUUAUUUUCAAUCAACAAAGGUCCAUGCCAGCUGCAAUCCAUAAAAACUUUGAUGUUUUCCUGCUCAUUCAUACUCUGUACACAUUUUAUGCAAGAGCGAAGAACGUUUUAAAACGUGCAUAACUUUUGUGUACAUGACCCGUGGAAUAGACCAGCACAAUCUUCUCAACCCAUUGUAUAUCCAGGAAUAUGAAAUUAGGAUUACAUAAUAAAUUUCCUCAUUAUCCUUUCGUCAGAUUUCAACCAGUCUACAAAAAAGCAAAAGCUGAUGUAGAAGUAUUGGAAUGAAUUUUUAAUAUAAUGUGCAAAAUAAUGAAGGCAUUAUUGAAGAUUUCAAAUGUUUAAAACAUGAUACCAAAAUCAUUUCAGGAACCCUUACAGGUAAUAAAGAAAGUAAAGCAUUUUUAAUUGUCUCCCAUAAAUAGAAGAAUCUUGGAGUUGAGCCUACUGUAAAUCUUUGCAUUUUGAUUUGCAUUUCAUACAGAUUUGAAGAUUCUUCUUAUUUAGAUUCCGCGCCCAGCUCAUUCAUUGUACAUACAGACUGUUAAUGCUGGAAGUGCUAAUUAUAUUAUCUUAAAAAUGGAUUAUGUACAAAAGAGAAACUUUGGUUGUUCAAUAUUAAAGGAAGUAAAUCUAAUUAUUCUGUUUCUUUACAUAUUUUACUUCAUCUUAAAAUGUUAUCUUCAAAUUAUGAUGCAAUAAAGGAUAACAAGUUUAUAUUAUCUAGAUAGGAUGAUACUGUGGUGUGAAGUACUGUUUUACUUUUUAAUGAGACUGAAGUGCAAAUUAUUUAUUUACUGCUUUGUAUAAAUUGUUCCAAAGUGAGUUUAUCAUGAAUUUUAUUCUGUGGUAUACUAAUUUUGACCAGCAGCUACCAUAGUGUAUUAAACAUUUAGUAUACAUUUUUCAUUUAAAAAAAUUCGGAGACACUACAAGAGUGAUUAUGAUGGCAGGUUAGCUAACACAUUUUACCAAAAAUGUAAACUCUGACCAUAAUAAAACAUUUUUUAAUUUUAAAAUGUUAUAAUAUAGAGACAAGCAUUUACAGUCUGAUUGUUCAAAGGUGCUGAGCACCUGCAGCUCCUCUUGAUUUACAUGGGAUUUAUGGAUGCUCAGAACUUCAGAAAAUCAGGCCAGAAGUCACUAGAAAUAGGUUUAAUUCCUGGUAUUGUAAGUCCACCACUAUUCAUCAUACAUCAUUCUGUAAAGAGGAUUCAUUAUAGCUGCAUGUGGAAAGAGAUAAUAAAAGGAACCUUUAAACUUUUCAUAUACCAAAAAGUGCCUUUAAUUUAGUCUGGUUAGUAGACUUGCUAAAAAAGAACCUUUGUCUUAAGAUAAGAAUUUAUGCUUGUUUUAGAUUAAUAUUCUCUUCAAAGAACCGGUCAUAUGAGGUUCUAAGUGCCCCCAACUCUCAUCUCAUAGAAGGCAGUCAGCACUUGCAGGAUAAAGCUGUAAAGGAAUAGUCAGUCCCUAGUAAGUAUUGUGACAAAAAAGUAACAUAACAAUCUUGUGCCUCAUUAUUCACUCUGGCAUUUGACCUCAAAGAACCCAGGUGCAAAUAGUCAAAUCAGUGAUUAAUUAAUGUUGUUCUGGGUUACUGAUUCUAAACUGGUUGUAUCUUUUCAGGUUGCUCAUACAUAUGACCAAAACCACUUGUAAUGAACAAGUACUGUAAUAUGGAGUAGGUUUGGGAAUACAAGAAUAUUCUCAUUGAUCUAGCAUAUCCUUGAGAUUAGGGCAAAAUUCUCGAAAGUGCCUAUUGACUUUUAAUGGGAUUUAGGCACCUAAAUCACUGAGCUGCUUUUGAAAAUGUUAUCCCCAGUCUUCCCUUAGUGUGCUGUGUAACUCCUAUUAUCACACAGAAGUAAAUGUUAUCUGGCAUGGAGGGAUAAACUGCCUGCCAGCUAGGCUAGUUUCUCACAAGCAUUUAAAAUUUGUCCCUUUAUACAAA